AUGUCACGCGAUGGAGUAUACUCGUAUAUUCACCUUGAUGACUCUAAAAAGGUUCUCUACAUGGAACAAUGGAAACAAGAAUCAUUACCUUUCGACGAUAUAGAAACACAUAACCUAGUGGAGGCAACAUCAACACUAUUCACCAAAUUGUUCCUUGAUGACGAGGAAGAGGAAGAAUCACUACCCAUACAUCCUGCAGUAUUCGGCAAUAAAAUCUACAAAUCCCGACUGAUGUUGAAAGAAAAAGUGUGGACUGAUUUGGCAUUGACAGAAAAGUUUCUUGAUGAAAGCAGCGAAUUGAACAAACUCCAUGAUAAGACCAUAUUGCCCUCGCUUUCUUCCGAGGUGGAACAACAGUUUGGCGAGUUGUCAUUAGCGGAGUUCUUGUCGAACGGGUAUAACAUUCCUGAUGAUCAUUUGGAUUCGGUGUUGUCUCCUAAUUUGACCGACAGUAUCCCACAACACCAUUUCAGACGCCAUAGAUUACUGCACCGGGAUAUCUCCUUGAAUUCAACUUCAGACUUGUCCGUUCCCAACAAUUCAUUUCAAAACAUACGAUCUAGUUCAGGUACAGGCAACCCAGUGGCUCCGCCCGGAUCAUUGCAAACUCCAAGAACAGGAAGAGUACGUCAAGUAUCUACAGACAAGAACUUCCAGACGCCAAUAUCGAGAAUAAUGAGGUAA